AUGUCAUUCAAACCCCCCACGCGGUCUAUUAAAAGUAUCGUCUUGCUCGUGCUGUCGCUUGGACUAUUUCUGCUGCGGCCGGUGGCUCAGCACCACCUGCGCUUGCGACCCUCUCCUAGCGAACAUCUACCAGUGCCGGACCUGAAAGAAGAUCCCGACCCGGAGUACGACCCACGAGAGCAAGAUCUCUCAGAAAGGACACUGAGAAAAAAACUCGGCAGCAACUUCGACCCCAAUUUCAUGUCUAUCGGCAUGCCACCGCAGUUUAAUUCCUCCAGCACUGCGCAGGCGCAACAAGACGCUCAGCUGGCGCGAGUGCCGGGCCCUAUGCCCAAUGACAUCAAGAAGCUGGACUUAACGGAGACUCCGUAUGGGAAGCGAUUGAAAGUGGGCAAGAAGGCGCGGCGGAAGUUCCUUCAGUUGUUAUGGACAUACACGUACUGUCCCGUGCUCUACACCUGGAAGGACCUGGGCGCGCGUUUCUGGCCACGCUACAUCAAAGAGGGAAACUGCUUCAACGAGCGCUCCUGCUCUUUCCCUGAGGGCAUGUUCUGCAAGCCGGUGAAAUCCGUUACCAAGACCUUUCUCCGUUGGUACUGCCAGGGCUUCCUGCGGCAGAAAUACUGCACGUGGAUACCUGUGCAGUAUCCAAUCAUCUCCGAGUGCAAAUGCUCCUGCUGA